GGGGCACUAGAAAAGCUCUAUUACCGAAUACAUCGAAACAAAAGAGAGAAGUGAAGAAAAAUGUCAUUUGGGUGUACUGCAGGUAAGAACUCGUGGCCGGAGCUUGUGAGGACAAAUGGAGACUAUGCGGCGUCGGUGAUAGAGAGAGAGAACACCAGCGUCGAUGCUGUCGUCAUUUUGGAUGGAAGUCCGGUGACCGCAGACAUCAGGUGCGACCGUGUCAGAGUUUUUGUUGAUAGAAACCGUAUCGUCGUCAGAACCCCUGUGACCGGAUAGUACGUCAUCGCCCUAUGGCUAUAUAUAUAGACGAUGCUCUUGAGAUCUCUCAUCUAUUAAAUAAGUAUCGUUUGCCUGAAUAAUUUCGGUGUUCGUUCCCCGGAACGGUUACUGAUGUCGUAAGUUUAUAUAAAUCAAUGUAUGUGUGUAUCUGUUUCACGUGAGUGAAGUUAGUGUUCUUCCUAUAUAUAUACACUACUAUUUAAGGCAUGGAUGCCCUAUUUAGUA